CUUAUCAGGGCUCCGCAGCCCCAGCAGCCCCACCGGCCCCCACGCCCUGUCACUGCCCGCCCAGCCACUCCCUGGCAGACACGGCUCAGCUGGGUGCCCUGCGCAGCCUCGCUGGGGCAUGGGGACCCCCGCCCCGACGGCUCCUCUAGACAGAACAGCCAAGUUCUGCUCCUCAUCCUCACGUGAGCCAGGAGCCUGAAGGGCGACCUCGAAGCUGAGCGGCAUCCCCAGUCCAGGGCAAGGUUGGUAGAGGGUUGAAUGCUGACUCUUCCCAGGAGAUGGACAGAGUCACCCGGCACCUGGUCUUCCAGCUCCCGCAGACCUCACACAAGCACGACUAUAACGAUGCUCACCAAGCCGGCUGGUUUGCAGAGCAGAGGAUCGACGGCGAUGACGACGUGUUUGGCUCCACUCAACACAGCAGCCAGAGGGUGGAAAACGGCUAUGGCUGGAAAAAGAGGGCAAAGUCAGUCUCAUGUUUCCUGGAUGGUGAAAAAGAUGUCUGGACUCCAUCCCCAGACAGAGAGUCCAAGCUGGAGGUGGUGAGGUCAGAAAGCCUGUAUGAUCUCAGGGCUUACAAAGGUGAGAGGAAGCCCUCGAAGCUUUAUGAUGAGGAUGAGCAGGAACGGUACAGGGUCCCUCCACCGAACAUCUCACCCGAGAAAGCCAGGGAGCUUGAGGAUGAGAGAAGGGAGAUCAUUCGGAGCCAGGUGGUGAGGAAGAGCUCCACCGUGGCCGAGAGGUGGAGCUCCAUGGAUGAGCUGAGCUCUAUAAGUGCUGGCACAGGCGGCCAGGGUGAAGGCAGGCACGUGGGCAGCUUCUCCACCAGCUUCGGCAUUUGCUUUGACAAGCCUUCCUCAGGGAGGGCAGUGACGUCUGUCGACCCUGAAAAUAUCGACACGGAGCAGAUUGACUUCUCCACUGCCCGGCAGCAGUUCCUGAUGCUGGAAAAGACUAACCCAGGCUCUUUCUUCAGCCCAGGGCAACAGGCCAUGUCUCCAAAUCCAGAGUCAAUGACAAAGAUCUCUAGGCAAGAGUGGUCCAGUCCUGAGAUGGCCAUGAAGGCUGGAAGAGAUUACGGUAAUGCCGGUGCAUCCAGCCAGAGCAGGAUGGACAAGACCAUUUAUCAGGUUUCUAGUGUGUCCUACAAGACACCGGUGAAGGAGGAGGUUUAUGCUCCCAGAAGGGCUGAUAUUGAAAGGUCACACCCCACUGGGAAAACAUCCAGCUUAACUAAAGCAUCUUCCAGAGAGGACUUGGACUCCGGCUCAGGUGAGAUGUAUAACAAAGCCACAAACACCAGCAACGGAAGCGCAUCCAAUGAGAUCUUCAAUGGCCUUGGGGAUCCGAGGGCCAGCAGCCUGGACAAGGAUAUGAAGAUCAGCAACGAGACGCCCAUCGAGCGGGAGAUCCGCAUGGCGAUGGAGAGGGAGGAGAACCUCUAUAAGGAGAGGGGGAUCCAGCGCCUGACCUCCAGCAGCGAGCUGGUAGAGAUCCAGACCAAGCCUCUCCUCUCCAUACAUACCUCUCCGGGCCCAGGCAGGAAAGGGAAGGACAAAGGCCGCGCUUCCCUUUACGUCCAGAGGGAAAUCGAGCAGGAAACCAAGCGUGAGGAAGAUCUGAAGAGGCAAGGGAGGCUGCUGGGGACGUACGACAGGGGGACGCAGCAGGAGCUGGACGAGCGCAGGAGGGUGUUCGAGCAGGAGGAAGCCCCCCCGCAGAAGCCCACCCCCACGAGGAAGGCAGACGAGCGGAGGAGCUGGGUUAAUGAGUUUGCGGUGGAGCAGCCCACGAGCCGCAGCCCCCACCCCGCAGAAGACACCAGGGGUGGGAGAACCCUUCCCAGCUACGCAGUGAACAUCACACACUUGCAGGCAUCCCAGCCGCGCUUUGCCGCCAGCGAGAAGAGCCGGGACCAGCCUCUGGUGUCCCAGCACGUUUCCGCCAGCGCCAGCAAAUGGAGGAGUGAGGAUUCCUGGGGAGGAAGGCUUCCCAGCUCCACCCUGAGCCCCGCCGGCACGGCUGUCCUGCCCAGAGAGUAUUUCUCCUUCUCCUUCUGGAAGCCCAAGAUCUCCUUCGUGGACAACAUGGGGACGCAGAACCCGCUAAGGAGGGAGGACGGCCGGGAGGAGCAGUACAAGGUGAGGACCUGGAAGCCCCAGACGUCGUCGCUGAUCGAGGAGGAGAUCCGGAGCGACUUGCAGAGGGAAGAGGAGCUGCAGGAGCAGCGGCGGCGGCGGCAGAUGAUAGACGGCUACUCCCUGGUUGGCAGCGAUGGCUUUCCCCAGGAGGGCUCCCACUCACGGCACAGCUCUGCUCUUUCUCUUGAAGCUGCCUCAGGUGUCAGCGGCAGCUACUCGGUGUCUGCGUCUCCCGUCUCCACUCCUACCUCGCACCAGGCAGGAGUCAUGGGACUGGUGUCGUCCUUCACCCCGCUGAGAGUGGCCGGUCCCUCCCAGGGCAGCAUGGAGACCCUCACCUCCGACUCGGCUCGUUCCAGCCCCUUCGAGGAGCGGAGGAGGAGGGUGAAGGAGGAUGGAAAGUACGCAGGCAUUGAACCUGUGGACAAGAUCAACACGGAGGUUGUGGAAAGCACCAGAGUGAUUCGGCACAAGAGUGCCAUGGCCCAGCGCUGGGAGGCAGGGCAGUACGUCAGGGACGAUGACUGAGGGGGCUGUCGGGGCCGGGGAGGGAUCCGGCCACCAGACUUCGCCGUGUACUUGCCCUGCUUGGGAUCAGCUGAUGCGCAAUUGAAAUUCCUGAUCAGUUCAGCUCCUGGUUAUCAUGAGAAUCAGAGACUUGUACAUUGCAAAUCGCAUCCAUUUUUAAUAUAACAGAUGAUCCUUCCAAUGCAUUUAAUGCUCAUUCGUUCCCCCCCUCCCUUUGAGGUAAUACUUUUUAUUUCUCGAGAGGGGAAAAAAUUGGAUCACUUUCUUUUAAUCACUUCUGCAAGGAGACAGCCAGGUGAAAUCAUACGGUAAUUUAACUUCUUUCUCAUUGGAAGCUGUGUCUCCGGCUUACAAAAAAGCUGUUUUGUUUCUAAGUGGUUUUAGGUUUUUAGGUACCACAACAUCAGGAGGGUACCUAGACUGAUGUGUACCUUCGGAUCAGUGUCUGCAUCAAACCGGGAAAUCAACGUUUCUGCUUAACUUCUGUGAUCUGCUGAGAUGUGGCAAUAUAAUAUACAUAUAUAUAUAAGCGCUGUUUAUUUUGCUAAUUUAUUAAAGAGAUAUUGCUCUCC